AUGUCCAAGGUUGCUGAGGCUUUGGGUGGAUUCUUCUCGAGGAACGAGGUGACCGCUAUCAUCCAGGCGACACCUGAGGUGUUGCUGAAAAAUAUUGAAGAACUGGAGGAGAAGUAUGAAUACAUUUUCUUCCAGAUGUGUAUUGAAGGCGAACAGUUCAAAGAUUGUAUGAAUUGGGCAGUAUUGAGUUUGGAAGAAAUAAUGACGCGACACGAAUUCCUUCUGAAAACCGGCCGCUAUGUGACACCGGAUCCGAAGCAUCCACAGAAAGCUAUGGAAAACGCUAGGUUAAAUCAAAUACUGGAUUCGAGUGACGACAAUUUUGCAGUUCAGCAAUCAAUUCUCAUUCGAACCCCUCUCUUACCAUUAGCGACCAGAAAGACCA